UCUGGAGGUGUAGGUACCAGUGAGCUGGCCCUUAGGGCAGGAGAGCAGGAGAGCUGACCCUGCCUCCUGUCGGCGGCAGCAUUGGGUGAUCUAGCCAGAGCAGCGCUGAAGAACUUGCCCUGUGGAGUGGCUAAGGGAGAACCAGCGGCUGACCAGCUCAGCCACCACCCAGGCCCAGAUCCGGGGCUCAGAGUUGGCCCCUCCCACAAUCUAUAUCCUCUGUGAAUGGUUGGAUUGUGUGAAAGGGCCAGUCCUGCUUCUCCAAGCUGCAGGAUCUCCACAGCACAGGGCAACAGCAGGAUAACCAGGAGGAAUCUCAGUGAGGAUCCAGUAUUGAUGGUGUAGAAGCCAGAGAUCUCCAACCAGACCAAUGACUCAUUGCAAUGAACAUUUACAAGUGAAGACGUGUGUGCAGAAAAUGUGUGGACACUGUGACCCACUGCAGCUUCCACAAGGAGGUGGCCAAGUUGGAGAAGCACUUGAUGCUUCUAAGACAAGAGUAUGUCAAGCUGCAGAAGAAACUGGCAGAGACGGAGAAAAGAUGCUCACUUUUGGCCGCACAAGCGAACAAGGAGAAUAGCAGUGAGUCUUUCAUCAGCCGCCUGCUGGCCAUAGUGGCAGGUCUCUAUGAGCAGGAGCAGUACAGUGAUUUGAAGAUCAAGGUUGGGGCCAGGCACAUCAGUGCUCACAAGUUUGUCCUGGCCGCCCGCAGUGAUAGCUGGAGUCUGUCCAACUUGUCUUCCACGGAGGAGCUAGACUUGUCAGAUGCCAAUCCUGAGGUGACAAUGACAAUGCUUCGCUGGAUCUAUACGGAUGAGUUAGAGUUCAGAGAGGAUGAUGUGUUCCUGACUGAGUUGAUGAAACUGGCCAAUCGCUUUCAGCUCCAGCUCCUUAGGGAGAGAUGUGAAAAGGGUGUUAUGUCUCUGGUGAAUGUUAGGAACUGUAUUCGCUUCUAUCAAACUGCAGAGGAGUUAAAUGCCAGCACACUGAUGAACUACUGUGCCGAAAUUAUUGCAAGUCACUGGGAUGACUUACGAAAGGAGGACUUCAGUAGCUUGAGCGCUCAGCUGUUAUACAAAAUGAUCAAAUCCAAGACAGAGUACCCAUUACAUAAAGCAAUCAAAGUGGAGAGAGAAGAUGUGGUCUUCCUCUAUCUGAUUGAAAUGGAUUCCCAGCUCCCCGGGAAGCUGAAUGAAAUGGAUCAUAAUGGAGAUCUUGCAUUAGAUCUGGCUCUUUCACGGAAACUAGAGAGUAUUGCCAGCACUCUGGUUAGUCAUAAAGCUGAUGUGGACAUGGUAGACAAGAGUGGCUGGAGCUUGUUACAUAAAGGGAUCCAGAGAGGAGAUCUCUUUGCUUCUACAUUCCUCAUUAAGAAUGGGGCACUUGUCAAUGCUGCCACAAUUGGGGCCCAAGAGACCCCAUUACAUCUUGUAGCAUUGUAUAGUUCAAAGAAAUACUCAGCAGAUGUGAUGUCUGAGAUGGCGCAGAUUGCAGAGGCCCUCCUGCAGGCUGGUGCCAACCCCAACAUGCAGGAUAGCAAGGGCAGGACUCCCUUACACCUGUCCAUCCUGGCCAGGAACGAAUAUGUGUUCAGUCAGCUGCUGCAGUGUAAACAAUUAGAUUUAGAGCUGAAAGACCACGAGGGCAGCACUGCGCUGUGGCUCGCCAUCCAGUACAUCACUGUGUCUUCAGACCAGUCUGUGAACCCCUUUGAAGACCUCCCUGUGGAAAAUGGGACAUCAUUUGAUGAAAACAGCUUUGCAGCCAGACUCAUUCAACGUGGCAGCAACACUGACGCUCCUGAUGCAAUGACAGGAAAUUGUUUACUACAGCGGGCAGCUGGGGCAGGAAAUGAGGCUGCCGCUCUCUUCCUAGCAACUAGUGGUGCCCACGCCAACCACAGGAACAAAUGGGGAGAAACUCCUUUGCAUACAGCUUGUCGGCAUGGCCUGGCCAACCUCACAGCAGAGCUCCUGCAGCAAGGUGCCAAUCCAAACCUGCAGACAGAGGAGGCGCUGCCUUUGUCCAAAGAGACUUCGAGCCUGACGGGUUCUGCAGAUGGUGUCUACCUGCAGACACCAUUGCACAUGGCAAUUGCCUAUAACCAUCCAGAUGUGGUUUCUGUCAUCCUGGAGCAGAAAGCUAAUGCUCUGCAUGCCAACAACAACUUACAAAUUAUCCCGGACUUCAGCCUCAAGGAUUCCCGAGACCAAACCGUGCUAGGCUUGGCAUUAUGGACUGGCAUGCACACAAUUGCUGCCCAGCUGCUGGGCUCCGGAGCGUCUAUCAAUGACACCGUGUCAGAUGGACAGACAUUGCUACACAUGGCCAUAUGGCGGCAGGACAGCAAGAGUGCUCUCUUCCUCCUGGAGCACCAAGCUGAUAUAAACGUCAGUAGGACUCGGGAUGGGGAGACUGCCCUUCAGCUAGCCAUCAAAAAUCAACUUCCACUAGUGGUUGAUGCCAUAUGUACCAGAGGAGCUGACAUGUCUGUGCCAGAUGAAAAAGGAGACCCCCCACUGUGGCUUGCUUUGGCAAGGAAUCUGGAGGAUAUUGCUUCCACUCUGGUCAGACAUGGCUGUGAUGCUACAUGUUGGGGCCCAGGACCCAGUGGGUGUCUUCAGACACUUCUGCAUAGAGCCAUUGAUGAGAACAAUGAGUCCACUGCCUGCUUUCUUAUUCGCAGUGGCUGUGACGUCAAUAGUCCCAGACAGCCAGGUAAUGAUGGAGAAGGAGAAGAAGAGGCACGGGAUGGGCAGACCCCCCUGCAUUUGGCGGCCUCGUGGGGGCUAGAAGAGACGGUGCAAUGUCUUUUGGAGUUUGGUGCCAAUGUCAAUGCACAGGAUGCGGAAGGAAGAACGCCUGUCCAUGUGGCCAUAAGCAACCAGCACAGUGUCAUCAUUCAGCUUUUGAUCUCUCACCCUAACAUUGAGUUGAGUGUACGAGACAGACAAGGGCUGACCCCUUUUGCCUGCGCCAUGACUUACAAGAACAAUAAGGCAGCUGAGGCCAUUCUGAAACGGGAGUCUGGGGCUGCUGAGCAGGUAGAUAAUAAAGGUCGGAAUUUUCUUCAUGUGGCAGUUCAGAACUCUGACAUCGAAAGUGUCUUGUUCCUGAUCAGUGUCCAGGCCAAUGUGAACUCCAGAGUUCAGGAUGCUUCCAAGUUGACCCCUCUACACCUUGCUGUUCAGGCAGGUUCGGAGAUCAUUGUCCGAAAUCUGCUUCUUGCAGGAGCUAAGGUGAAUGAAUUAACCAAGCAUCGUCAGACUGCUCUCCAUCUUGCUGCCCAGCAGGACCUGCCCACCAUCUGCUCAGUCCUCCUAGAGAAUGGAGUGGACUUUGCUGCUGUGGAUGAGAAUGGAAAUAAUGCUCUCCAUCUUGCGGUCAUGCAUGGUCGGCUCAACAACAUCCGGGCUCUUCUGACAGAGUGUACAGUGGAUGCUGAGGCCUUUAAUCUGAGAGGCCAAUCACCACUGCACAUUCUGGGACAGUAUGGCAAGGAGAACGCAGCAGCCAUCUUUGAUCUCUUCUUAGAGUGCAUGCCUGAGUAUCCUCUGGACAAGCCAGAUGCAGAAGGUAACACAGUGUUGCUCUUAGCAUACAUGAAAGGGAAUGCUAACUUGUGUCGUGCCAUCGUUCGAUCUGGGGUUCGCCUUGGGGUGAAUAAUAAUCAAGGAGUCAACAUUUUCAACUACCAGGUUGCCACUAAGCAGCUCUUGUUUAGAUUAUUAGAUAUGCUCUCCAAGGAGCCUCCGUGGUGUGAUGGCUCCAACUGCUAUGAGUGUACUGCCAAGUUUGGAGUCACAACUCGCAAACAUCACUGUCGUCACUGCGGCCGUCUUCUUUGCCAUAAAUGCUCGACCAAGGAGAUUCCUAUUAUAAAGUUUGACCUGAACAAGCCUGUGCGGGUUUGCAACAUUUGUUUUGAUGUACUGACUCUGGGUGGAGUCUCUUAGUGAGGCCUACAGGAGGGUCCAGGCCUGUGUCGCCUGACACCUCCCCAGCAGCUGCUCUACUCACCAGCCUGCCUCUUACGUAGAGCAAGAGCUGGCAGUUGUCUUCCUGUGCCAGAAGACUGGAACAAUUACGGACCAUGGUGUGAUCCCUUUUCAGAUGAUUCUAUAUGACUGCCAGUGUGUCAGACUGUGGUCUAUUACACUAGAUGUCUCGCUGGCUGGACCAGGCCAGUCUAGCCUGUGUGGAAAAUGUGAUAGGAAUCAGCUAACAGCACACAAGGACACUUGGAGACAAUUUCCCCUUCCGGUAGCCUACCGUCCGUCUUAGCGAAUUCACAAAGUCUUCCUGCCUGGGCUGACAAGAGGCAGAGCCUGACAGAGUAGAGAGCAGCUGCUGGCUGAGCUGGUUACUCUAGGGUGGUGGCUGCUCUAAGUGGCCGUGGCCUUUAAUGCACAGCGUUUUCAUACAUGUAAUAGGAACCACUUGCCCUCGAGUCUUUUCUUUCUUUAAGCUAAGCUGUAUUUUUUAGUAAGCUGCCCUUUUCAAAAGGUGGAAUCUUUCUAAACAGGGUUCAAAGAUGAGAGCUGAAAAAUUGUGGCCUUAACAACAGAAAGCUUUACCAAUGUUGAUGCUGUUGGGUGUCAAAGCACAGUGGCAGCUUGACACCUAGCAGCUGUCUCAUUCUCUCGUCUUGCUGCGUCCUGUCUGUGGAGUCCUCAGUUGCUGCCACUUGAGUGGUGAAAGAAAUGCACUUUGAUUGUGCUGCACUUUUUCUAAAGCUGCAUCAUUAGUAAAUCCAAUUCAAAAAUUCAUGUUCAAAAAUACCAUCACAUAACCUUCUCUCAGUGGUUCUGAUGGUCAGCUUGGGCUGGACCUCAGCACACACUAAAAUUAAAGGGAAAACUGCCAAGAAGGAAGAAAUUCAUGCUGACGAGAAAGGAGAUGUGUGUGACUUCGGUCCAGGUCCCCUUUCCCUGACACAUCCUUCCUGCUGAACCCUUGCCUUGCAUGCUGAUGCUGUUGGUGCCCAUUCUGAGGAGUGCCCUGCCUCAUCAGGGCCAGCAGCCAGAGCCUCUGGCUGAACUAUGAACAGUCUGUUUUGGAAGUCUGGCUGUGAUGCUGAACAGGGCUGCAACAUUACAGGGCCUUGUUUCCUGAUACUGCCUGUACUAACCCUGGGGACACUGGGCCUCCUUCUUUUUAAAGUUUGCCCAGUGUUUGGGGUUUCUGUUUCAAAAUUUUAAUUUUUUUAAGAUUUAUUUUAUUGCACACUGAAAGAGAAACUUAUGCCACUGAUUUUGUUUUAAGAAACAAAAACACAACUACUCUGAGAUGAACAGUAUCUGGUAAUACAGUUACAGAUUAACAGUGUCAAUCACGCGCACUGCUUUGAGACAUUUGGUAACCCUGCACUGUUUGCAUGAAUGGAGUAUGGAUGUCUGAAUGAAAGGGACUCUUUUGGCAUCACUUUCUUUCUUAGAUAGUGGUGUGUUCUCUAUUGCUGUAGAGUUAGUUAGUCAUUUUACUGCCUAAAUAUGUAUAAAAUGUGCUGAUAACCAGUGUGCUACUUUCUAAAGAUACUUCUGUGAUUUAUAUGUAUGCUUUUUAUGUUAACCUUAGCUUGUGUGCAGUGUUUAAAAAGGAGGAGUUACUUGGAGGAGUGCCAUUGUCCCCAGCCUGUGACUUAAUUCAGACGGACUUUUUAUGGAAAAAUUUAGUCAGUCUUGGCUAACAACUAUAUGAAAUAUGUGGUCAGUUUCCUUUUUUUUUGUUUGUUUGUUUUUUGUUUGUUUGUUUGCCUAAAGAGGGUCCACAGACCUAGAAUUUAGUUGGUACCUUAAUUCUUUAAUGAGGGAGAUAAUUAUGGUUCAGCUAUGAGCCAAGGUGGCCAGUACACACACAUUUAUUCUUUUAUUUUCACAGUGCAGAGGGGGAAAUAGGGAAUCAGGAUGAGGUUGAUCCUUCUGUCCUUGACGACCACACCAGUUUCAGUAACCAUCUUGCCUAUAACUGUACUUGCAAUCUGAAGAUCAUGCCUAAAAAUGUGGCUUCAAGCUUCUGUUCUUUCAGAGGUCAGCAUUGUGACUAGCUGUGGAUGAGAGGGGCUGUGUGGCGUGGCCACUGGUACUCAUGCCGUAGGUGUGGCUCAUGCCUCAGCCCCAGCUGCCAGACCAUGCCAUGCUCAUUGCGCUAGAAUCCUGCUGUACACUGCCCUGGCUAGGACCAGACUUACUGUGUCUCCUGUGCUCUCUCCAUGCUGACCAGAUUUAACCAUGAAAUUGCUUAGCUAUUCUUGUUCAGUCUUAAUCAGUACCUUGAAGUUGCAGCAAAACUUCAUUUAUUAAUUCAAAAAGUUGCCAGUUGUGAGUGAGCAGAGCAGAAAGAAUCAACUUUACUGAAACACAAUUGCUGCAACAGUGCUGAUCUGAGCUCACCUCGCUUUUUAACUGCCUCUGGUUCAUCACGACUCUUGCCAUUCGGUGGAUCAUUAAGGUGUUUGUUUGCUUGCUUUUAAGACAGGUGCAAACCAUGUGCUUCAGCUCGUUUGCUCUGACCCUCUAACAGCAGUGUCCCUCAAGCUUAAGUGCCUACACUGAGGACUCCUUUGUUUCUCAUUGCUGUCUCACUCAGUGAUACGUUAACACGAGUUUGGGGCCUAUUCCACCCCAACAACCAAUUCAGUCAAGGCUGAAUCAUAGGCUGCUCAGUUCACCUGCCAUAUUCUCUCCAAGGAGUGGGGUCCACAUGACGCUUUUGUCCUCUACCUCAGAGCCAUGAGUUGCUUCUGACUACCCAUCAGCAUGAAGCUGGGCAUGUGGGGUCCGACUGCCCUGCUGAGUUAGUGCACAUCCCCAUACCCAACUAUGCCAGCACUAGUCUUGUUCGCAGGCAAGGGCUGGAGGACAGGCUUCCAUCUAGGAUUUCCUUACCUGGAAAAAAGAAAAGUGGCUGAACUGCCAAAUGCUUAGACCAGAGAGGCAGCAACAGCGUGUACAAAAAAGUGUAUGCUUCCCUCCUGACACAGGCCUCCCUCAGGGCCAGCCCGAGAGCUCCCCUGCCAGCCGAGCAGACGAAUAGCUCAGCAAGGGCCUCUGAGCCAUGCUCACUCCACAGAACUGGUCUAGUGAAAACUGAGUGUGUGACCAGUUAGCUAAAUAGUAAAAUGCCCAGAUGUCGUAGAUGCCUUAAAGACUUUCUCUGGAGGCUCACUGCCUAUCCUGUGGCAUAAAUUACAUGUUAACUGUUAGAGCUGACGACAUGGGUGUUCUCUAGAGAGGGGGUCUGGGAACGGCUGGGACCUACUGACUUGGCUGUUUGGCAGCUGUGUGGAGCAGGAUGUUCUGUGACAUCCUUGUGUUACCAAGGACAAGGCAGCAGCUGGGCCAAAACUGCAGGCACAUGUUUGGAGAGAUCAUUUCUCUGGUGGUGCUCAGUGUGGGAAUGCCAGCAUCAUCUGGGACCAUGGCGCUUAGCAGCAUUGUUUCUUUGGAGUCUGUGUAAUGGAAUGUAUUUUUCAAAUUGAUAUUUUCAUUUUCUGUAACAAUUCCUUAUAAUAAAAAUGAGGUAAAAUUAAA